AUGCAGCCUACUGAGCCAGCACUUUCGUUCGAUUCUAGUGCACCUGAAGGAGCUUCAAUGGUUGUCGUCAACGGCACGUCCGCCGCAGUAAAACCUGCAUCAGCAAGUGCUCCUGCACCAAUGGCGCUCUCUCAGGAGACCAUGGAGGUCUCGCCGUCGGCUCCGCAGGCGUCGCAGAUGAUGCAUGGUGAUGUUGCGUCCCCCUACCUUGCAGAUGAUCCCCUAUUGCCUGCCGAAGUUGUCCCAAAUGAAGAUCUUCGUUUCGAGAGCAGCGCUGAAGCUUACAAGUUCUACUGCUACUAUGCGGGCAAAGCGGGGUUUGAUGUACGGAAGACAAGGACUAAUAGAAAGACUGUUGCAGAGUUUUCAUGCAAUAAACAGGGCCACUGGGAAUUCUAUAAGCCUGAUGAAGAGAGGACACGUGAGAAGAUGUCAAUGAGGUGUGAAUGCAAGGCAUUUGUGAAGGCUAAGAAGAACACUAAAAAGGGAUAUUGGUUCUUUGAGAGGAUCAGGUUGGAGCACUCCCACCCAUUGCAUCCAUCACCGCGACUAACACAGUUCAUGAAUGCACAUAAGAACAAGGAUCCGGUGAUCAUGGGAAUUGUUGACAAGAUGCAACAUGCUGAUGCAUCCCACAAUACCACAGUCAAUUAUUUAUCAGAUAUGUAUGGUGGUGUCCAGAACUUCACAUUCACUGAGAUGGACCUGAAAAACAGGAGGGCUGCAUCUGCAAGGUCGGAGAGGGAGAAUGACAUACCAAAGCUGAUGGAAUUCUUCAAGGAGAUGAAGGCCCAAAAUCCAUACUUCUACGAGGAGGUGCAAGUGGAUGAAAAUAAUGUGAUAAAAAAUGUAUUUUGGAGUCAUGCAAGCCAGCGGGCGGAAUACAAGGAUUUUGGUGACGUGGUUACGUUUGACACCACUUAUCGCACAAAUAUGUAUAGCAUGCCUCUAGCUAUGUUUGUCGGCUCAAACCAUCAACUUCAGAAUGUAGUGUUUGGCCAAGCACUUCUGCACGACGAGAAAGCUGACACAUUCGAGUGGCUGUUUAAAGCAUUCAAGAACUGCAUGUCAGGGAGUGAGGACCCACAAUGCAUACUUACUGGUGAGAACAAUAAAACAAUGGUUUUGUCGUAA